AUGGUUUCAUAUUCGCCAAACCAAAUAGUUUACGCUUAUCACGGCCCACUUAUUUACGAGGCUAAGAUUAUCAAGACAAAACAAGCUACUGAGUCAUUUGUUCUCAAUAAUGAUAAUCAACAGGAAACUUUUGAACAACAAGGUGCCAAGUUUGACGCUGCAAAAUGGGAUGGCUUAAAUUGCUUUUUGUUACAUUACCAAGGAUGGAAUGCCAAGUGGGACGAGUGGGUUGGAGAGGAAAGAGUGUUGGAAAUAAAUGAGGAGAACAAAUUCAAAAAGUUGGAGUUGGAGCAAUUGACAAAGAAGAAAAAAGUCAAAAAGGAAGAGUCGACUAAAUCCAGCGGGAAUGGCAAGGGUGGGAGCAAAAGUGGGUCCAAGAGUAGAGGAGAAGGCGGGAGUAGAAGCGGUAACGGUAACGGCAACAGCAGCAGCAGCAGCAGCAGUAGCAACGGUGGAGGUGGUAAUGCGUCAAAGAGGCAAAGAACGAGUGGCAGUGGCAGUAGUAAUGCUAGCAGCAAUAGCAGCAAUGGUGGUGGUGGUGGUGGUGGAGAACUGAGAAGGAAAACAUCAAAUAUCAAUUUGAAAUUUCCACCAGAGUUGAAGUAUGUUUUGGUCAAUGAUUGGCAAUAUAUAACAAAGGAUAAGAAAUUGGUCAAGUUACCCAGCAACAACUAUUCUGUUCACACUAUAUUGCAAGACUAUCGAAAUCUGCGAAAAGAAGUAUUGGAUAAACAUCAAUUGGGUAUCUUGUUGGAGAUAUUGCAUGGGCUAGAGAUAUAUUUCAACAAGUCUUUAAGUUUGCUUUUGCUUUACAAGCAUGAAAAUUUGCAAUACUUGGAUUUUCUAAAGAGAAAUGUAAUAAGCUACAGCCAGUACCAACCUGGAGAUGCUGAAGGGUCGAGUAGCAGGAGUCACUGUCAAAGUAAGGUUUAUGGGUUUGAGCACCUUUUGAGGUUGUUGGUUCUGUUUCCCAGUUUGAUAAGUCAAACUACCAUGGAUUCACUAAGUAUAAGUGUGUUGGUACUGGAAUUGGAGCACUUGUUGGUAUUUUUAAAGGACAAUAUGGGAAAAUAUCAAAACGAGUAUGAGUAUCAAAGUCCGCAGUACAAUAGUCUAGCAACCUCUUGA